AUCAAAACCAAAUCCUCGGCAGCUUCUGCUGAAGACACAUGCGUCUCCAGAGCUCCUGUUAUUUGCAUCAUUGCUCUGUUAAACGAUAUUCCCAAGCCUUGAUUUGUCAAACUGAGGAUGUCGGGAAGCACCGGGAACGGGAAGUUGCGUCAGUGGCUGAUCGAGCAGGUGGACACCGGGAAAUACCCCGGUUUAGUUUGGGAGGACCGGGAGCGGACCGUGUUCCGCAUCCCGUGGAAACACGCAGGGAAGCAGGACUACAACCGAGACGAGGACGCCGCGCUCUUCAAGGCCUGGGCUCUGUUUAAGGGCAAGUAUCGCGAGGGAAUUGAUAAACCGGAUCCUCCCACCUGGAAAACCCGGCUCAGGUGCGCCUUGAACAAGAGCAGCGACUUCGAGGAGCUCGUGGGCCGGAGCCAGCUGGACGUGUCGGAACCGUUCAAAGUGUACCGCGUUAUUCCCGAGGGAACCAAAAGAGCACCAAAAUCAUAUGAAAAAGUUUCCACAAGCGUGGGUCACCACAACUACCCGUUUUAUCCUUCAUAUGAACCCGUGGAGGGUCAGGUGUGUAACUUCCUGUCUGCUGCUGACAGGAACUGGAGGGACUUCCUGUGUGAGCAGAACUCACUGUCCGAUGUCCACUUUAGCCAGAACUCACGCUGGGACACCGGGUACCAGAUAAGUGGCUCUUUCUACAGCUGUAACACGUUCGACUCGCCUCCCUCACCGUUCUCCCUGGAUGCCAGCAUGAGAUCAGCCGAGGCCCUGGCACUGUCAGACGCCCGUCUGCAGGUGAUGGUGUUCAGCGGUGAAACUCUGGUCACGGACGUCACCGUGGUGAGCGCCGAGGGCUGUCGACUGGCUCCACAUGACGAUAACUGGACCUACAGCGGCCCGGAGCUGGUUCCUCUCCCUCAGGUUGAGAGAGGAGCGCUGGAGGGGGGCGUCCUGCUCUGGAUGAUGCCCGAUGGACUGUACGCCCGACGCUUCUGUCAGUCCAGGGUCUACUGCGACGGGACGCACGCUAACCUGAGCACCAAACUCUGCAAACUAGAGCGAGAGCAGACCAGCAAACUACUGGACACACAACUCUUUCUGACAGAGCUCCAGGGUUAUUUCCUGCACGCUCGUCCUCCUCCGCGUUUCCACGUGCAGCUGUUUUUUGAGUGCUGUGACCCCUCCGUUGACAACAGACCCCUGACGGUCCAGGUGGAGCCACUGUUCGUCCGUCAGCUGCUUCUCCUCCUCCAGCAGGGCGGUGUGAACUACACGAGGAGCACCCAUGAACUUUGUCCUCUGACCCCUGAGCAGGUUUACCCCGCCCACCAAGAGAAUCCUGUCAUCAGCGGACACCAGACGCACGGAAACUUCAUACAAGAGUGACCCCAAAAGAGUUACAACACAUUAUUAAGACACCAAUUUUUUAUUUUUUUAUUAAAAAAGGAAAACAAAUAUAUAUAUAUAUAUAUAUAUAUAUAUAUAUAUAUAUAUAUAUAUACACACACACACACAAUUCUUUUUUCCAUUUUAAUGUAGUCAUAUAUACAGUAUAUAUACAUUAAAUAAAAAAAUAUAAAUUAUAAAUCUAAAUAUAAAAUAUUUAUUAUAUAAAUACAGUACUGUGCAAAAGCAAAAGCCAACAAAAAAUGGUUUUAAGUCAGUUAUUUCUAUGUUUUUCUGUAGUGUGUCAGUAGGAAAUAUCAGUUUACAUUUCCAAACAUUAUUUUUGCCAUUAAAUAUAAUGAGAUUUUUGUUUGCACAGAGUCUGACAGCAGCCAGUGCUCCACACAGAGAUCUGAUCUGAUCACCAUCAGUCUGUGUGAAAUAACAUGAAGAAACAGAACAAACUGAGACAGAAUCAAUCCAGAAGAACUGUGCCAAUGUCUCCAAGACACUUCAAGAAACCUGCAAAGAUACAGGACAGUUAAAAGUUUUAGGCAUUUGUGUAAAAAUGCUGUAAAGUGAGGAUGCCGUCAAAAAUAAUGCCAUAGAUAUAUUUUAUUAAUUAACUUCUAUAAACUUAACUAAAUUAAAUCAACAUUUGGUGGGACCACACUACAGGUGCAUCUCAAAAAAUGUGAAUAUGUUGGAAAAGUUAAUUAAAUUCAGUAAUUCAUCUUGUGUAUUAAAUAAAUUCAGUGCACACAGACUGAAGUAGUUUAAGUCUUUGGUUCUUUUCAUUAUGAUGGUUUAGGCUCAUAUUUAACAAAAACCAACCAAUUCACAAUCUCAACAAAUUCUAAUACUUCAUAAGACCAAUAAAAACAUUUUUUUUUAGUGAAUUGUUGGCCUUCUGGAAAGUACAGUAUGUUCAUUUACUGUACAUGUACUCAAUACUUGGUAGGGGCUUCUUUUGCUUUAAUUACUGUCUCAAUUCGGCGUGGCAUGGAGGUGAUCAGUUUGUGGCACUGCUGAGGAGGUCUGGAAGCACAGGUUUCUUUGACAGUGGCCUUCAGCUCAUCUGCAUUGCUUGGUCUCUUGUUUCUCAUCUUCCUCUUCUUGACAAUAGCCCAUAGAUUCUCUCUGGGGUUCAGGUGUGGUGAGUUUGCUGGCCAGUCAAGCGCACCAACACCAUUGUCAUUUAACCAACUUUUGGUGCUUUUGUCAGUGUGGGCAAGUGCCAAAUCCUGCUGGAAAAUGAAAUCAGCAUCUUUUAAAAGCCGGUCAGCAGAAGGAAGCAUGAAGUGGUAGAUGAAGAUGGUGGAUGAAGAUUUCUUGGUAAACGGGUGCAGUGACUUUGGUUUUCAAAAAACACAAUGGACCAGCACCAGCAGAUGACAUUGAACCCCAAAUCAUCACAGACUGUAGAAACUUAACACUGGACUUCAAAUAACUUGUGCUAUGAGCUUCUCCACCCUUCCUCCAGACUCUAGGACCUUGGUUUCUGUGUGUGAUGGCUCUUGACCCCUUGACCCCAGCCUCAGUCCAUUCCUUGUGAAGUUCACUUAAAUUCUUGAACUGAUUUUGCUUGACAAUCCUCAUAUGGCUGUGAUUCGCUCGGUUGGUUGUGCAUCUUUUUCUUCCACACUUUUUCCUUCCUGUCAACUUUCUGUUAACAUGCUUGGAUACAGCACUCUGUGAACAGCCAGCUUCUUUCGCAAUUAAUAUUUUUGGCUUACCCUCCUUGUGAAGGGUGUCAAUGAUUGUCUUCUGGACAACUGUCAGAUCAGCAGUCUUCCUCAUGAUUGUGUAGCCUAGUGAACCAAACUAAGACCAUUUUGAAGGUUCAGGAAACCUUUGCACGUGUUUAGCAUGUCACCAUAUUCUAAUUUGUUGAGAUAGUGAACUGGUGGGUUUUUGUUAAAUGUGAGCCAAAAUUAUCCCAAUUAAAAGAACUAAAGACUUUAAACUACUUAAGUCUGUGUGCAUUGAAUUUAUUUAAUACACAAGUUUCACAAUGGAGUUGAAUUGCUGAAAUAAGUGAACUUUUUCCACAACAUUCUAAUUUGUUGAGACGCACAUGUAUGCGUUAAAAAAGCUUUCGUCCUAGCUGCACUUGUGCACUGUUUUUCAGGUAUCUCUGCAGUUUUCUUGGAGUGUCUUGGAGACAUUGGCACAGUUCUUCUGGAUUGAUUCUGUCUCAGUUUGUUCUGUUUCUUCAUGUUAUUUCACAUAGACUGAUGGUGAUCAGAUCAGAUCUCUGUGUGGAGCACUGGCUGCUGUCAGACUCUGUGCAAAGAAAAAUCACUGGAUUAUUACAUUUAAUGGCAAAAAUAAUGUUUGGAAAUGUAAACUGAUAUUUCCUACUGACAAACUACAGCAAAACAGAAAUAACUGACUUAAAACCAUUUUUGUUGGUGAAAAUUCUAGUGGCCUACUUUUGCACAGUACUGGGUUUAUAUAUAUAUAUAUAUAUAUAUAUAUAUAUAUAUAUAUAUAUAUAUAUAUAUAUAUAUAUAUAAUGUUAUAUAAAAAUAUAUAUACAUUUUCAAAAAUUAAGAAAUAUUUUUUGAUGGCUGUCUGGUUAAUAACUUUUAUAUUUUUGUGAUUUAUAUUUUACUUUCUCUGCUUGUACUGUGUGUUCCUGUGACUCCUGCGGCGCAAAAGGUUGUGGGUUCAAUUCCCAGGGAUAAUACUGCUAAUAAAUAAUAAUAAAAAAAUAUAUAUAGCCAGAAUGCACUGUAAGUCGCUUUUGAAUAAAGUGCCUGCUAAAUGCAUAAGUGUUUAUGCUGUAAAACUGUUAUUCAACAACAUCUCAGGGACCAAAUAUUUUUAAAAUGAAUGUAUUUGUUUUUAUGUUUGGAAUAAAAUAUCCACAUAUAUUGCACAAUAAUAAACUGGAUCUACCAUUUAAAUAAAAUAGAACAAUUGUAUUUCUAACAAAGGUUAAUAAAUGCUGUAAAAAAAUAACUAAUGUUGACAAAAAUGUGCUUCCUGUUAAUAUUUGCAUUAAAUGAUAUUCAAUCAAUGAAA